AUGAAUGUUGCUGAUUGCAAUGCUGAUGUUGUUGUUUAUCCUUCGAUGCUAAAUACGGAAUUUAUUCGCAAAAAAUAUCCUGAUCACAAAUUUAAACUUAUGAAACGAAUAAGAGGAGGAAAUCGAAUUAAAUAUUUUGAAAUUCGUGCAGCUGUGGAAAUUAAUAAAACAAAUCAGAUCACUUAA